AUGCAAUCCUCAAAGGAGAAGCUGAAAAACAUGGCCAGUGCUGCCAAGGAACAAGUCGACGUCUAUAAAGCCAAAAUAGACGAAAAGGCGGAAAAAGCAACGGCAAGAACAGAAGAGGAGAAAGCGAUAGCUCAUGAGCGCGCAAAGGCAAACGAGGCUAAAGCAAAGAUGGAACUGCAUGAAGCUAAAGCCAGGCAUGCUGCAGAGAAGCUUGGCACCAAACAAUCACAUUAUUAUGACCACCACGAGCAUCCCUUAGUAGGAACUCAGACUCAUAACCAGCAAGGGCACCAGCCUCUUGGGGCCGUUCCCAUGCCCGGGGCCACUUAUCCAUCACAUCCACUAGGAGGAAACCUACCCAGAAACAAACAUCUAUAG